UCCGGGGAGGUGUGUGGUGAAGCUGCUGUUUUUCAUCCGUGAGAAAAUGUUAGCUGCUAUUUGGCGUAGUUGUUGUUGAGGAUGUUGAGCUGAUUUGACAUCAAACCUCGGGCACAAGUUACUUCACUCAGCCGGUGACUGAAAGGAUUACAUGGACCAUGAUCUGAGGUGUGAAAGACUGCACUGCCAUGUCUCAGCCCGAGUCUGAUGUCACUGUGUGGGACUGGUUAAGUGGGCUUCGUCUCGAACAGUAUUCCAAAGCAUUUCAGAUUGCAGGCCUGUCCACCUUAGCAGAAUGCCAUAACCUCACAUCAGAUCGGCUGGAGCAGAUGGGAAUAGCACUUCCGGGCCACCGGAGACGCAUCCUGGCCAGUCUGAACAAAACCCGUGAUGUCACCUCUCCGCAACUUAAUGCACAGUCCAUCUUUGUACAGGCCGCGAAAGCAGCGCAAGAGCAACCUGUGGAGGAGAAUGGACCCCUGAGUGGAAUAGUGAGCUCUGUAAAGCAGGAAAAACAUUUUCAGAACGAAGCUGAGAAAGUAAAUGCACAGACCCCGGAACCUGUACCCAGAGAAAGUGAGAAAGCAGUCCCGAGGGAUAGACAAGCAUCCAGGAUGAAGGAGGAAACUGGAGGAGAAGAGAGGAUGGCAACUCUUGAGCAUAAUGAAGAGGACGUAACUGCAGAGAAAAAGAGGCCAGUUCCAAAAGAAAGGACAAGGUUCCGCUCUAGUGCUCCAGUCCUAUUGAAUUCUCCACACAGCUCCCUAACUUAUCCAUUUUGUGACACCUCUUUGCCACCAGUGCCCCCACGGAGCACUUUGAACUGCCCACCACAACGCUUCACAACGGCCUUGACGCCCGCAGCCCCGGCACAAAGCUCCACCUUACCUCAACACGCCGAGUCCGUCGUCAAAGAGGCAGCUGUACAGGUUCAAUCUACGUCCCACACCUCAACCCAGAACCCCACACAAGAAAUUGUCCCCCAACCUCUGGUCCCCCCCUCCCAAACUCAGCCUCAUACAUUUUCCAUUGAUUUGCCUGCCCAAGAUUCAAGAAGCGAUAUAAUGGCAACUAUAUCCAUCAUGACCGUCACGGGCUCCCCGAGGGAAGAGAGAAAUGCUCCACCUCUGCCUCCAAAAGCUGGGUCAGCACCACGAGGGCCCCCAAAAAUUCCAAGUAGGCACCAUGUACUGUCUUCCAGAUUUGAAAACCCCCUUCCCAGCAAGACUGAUGAACUCCUUCAAGACCAAUUUCCAACCGUUCCACCUCGUAUCAUGACUUCUCAAACUCAAGAAGUCAUACAACAGUCAAGCCAACCUGCCCCUCACGCAGCCCUGCCUGCUCAAGGUGUCCCCCAGCUUCCUCCUCAGACGAUAUUGUGCCCACCAGAUGGUGAUUCAGAUGACUAUGAAGAGACAGACACAUCUUAUGCCAGUGUUCAUCCAGUGAACCCUUUAGGCAGGGAAAUGUCCCUGCAAGUGCCUCUUCAAGCAAAAGGGCGCUACAGUUCUUUAUGCAGUGAUGACGAACUAUUAGAUGAUGAUGAUGAUCCUAGUGUUUGGGAAGAACCAGGCCUCAGCAGCCUGCAAGGCAGCAUCUUUCUGCCUAACACUGGCAGACUGGCAUCAGCCCCUAAAGAAGACAGCUCCCAGCUCUCUGCUGUCAUCAAGAUGGGCUGGCUUGACAAGAAUCCACCACAGGGGGCCCUUUAUUAUCAGAGGCGAUGGGUAAAGCUAGAUGUUGACUACCUGCGAUACUUUGACAAUGACAAGCAAGUGUAUUCAAAAGGAAUCAUCUCGACCGCAUCAAUAACAAAUGUGACAAGUGUUGGGGAGCUGAAAUUUGAGGUCAUCACAAAUAAUCGGACAUUUAUCUUCAAGGCUGAAAGUGACGUUGAGAGAAAGGAGUGGGUGACUGUGCUGCAGGACAGCACAAGGGGGCGCCAGAGGCGCAGUACUUUGAACCCUGGUUCACCUUUGACUCUAGAGUUUAAAGGCUAUUUGGAGCUCAAAGGUCUACGCUCUAAACUUUAUACAGUUGUGACUUUAGAUAAGGUCUUUCUCUAUAAAAACAUGGAGGACUACCGUAUUGGAGUGGGUAUCACAUCAAUUGAGAUGAAUGUAGGAAAUGUUAAAGUCACAGAUCGCCGCAGUUUUGAUCUCACUACACCGUACCGGAUUUUCAGUUUCAUAGCAGAGUCAGAGCAACUGAAAGAUCAGUGGGUGGACACAAUGAGGGAUGCCAUAGGUGAGGCCUUGUCCAAUAGAGAGGUUGCUGAUCGAAUAUGGGCGGAGCCAAGCAACAGUUUCUGUGCCGAUUGUGGCACUCCUAAGCCCGAAUGGGCCGCCAUCAACUUGUGUAUGGUGAUCUGCAAGCGAUGUGCAGGAGAGCACAGAGGACUGGGCCCUAACAUCUCAAAGGUUCGGAGUCUGAAAAUGGACAGGAAGGUUUGGACCGAGGAGCUCAUACAGGUGUUCCUGUUGCUUGGCAACAACCGUGUCAACAGUUUUUGGGCAGCGAACGUCCCACCAAGUGAGGCUCUAUCGUCCUUAAGCUGCAGUGAUGACCGGCGGCGUUUCAUCACUAACAAGUACCGCCAUGGCAAAUAUAGGAAGUACCACCCUUUAUACGGAAACCAGAGAGAGCUGAAUAAUGCAUUGUGCAUAAAUGUGCAGUGCAGUGAUGUGCUGGAGACAUUGAGCCUGAUUUUCUGUGGCGCUGAUGUAAAUUGUUCAACUGGCAUGGCCAGUUGUCCCACCCCUCUCUCCCUAGCCGACACACACGCUCAACCCUUGCAAGCUGUAUUACUGAGCCACAAUCUGAACACAGAUCUUCCUCGGUCAGAGGUGGACGGUGGCAUGGAAGAAGUGCACUUUCCAGCUCCAACGUGUGUUUAUCACAAUGGCUUUCUAUUCAAGACUGGAUCUAUGGCUCGGGCUAUCACAGAGCGUAAGGCCAGAGAGGAGUUCAGUCGUCGCUGGUGUACACUCAAUGACUGCAUUUUCAGCUACUAUGAGAGUGACAAGAAUUCCAAUCCUAAUGGAGCUCUGAGAGCCUCAGAAAUAGUUUGCUUGGCUGUGGAUGUACCUGAGAAACAUGGGUAUGAGCACACUUUCGAGCUCUACUCAGAAUCAGAUCGUCUUUAUUUGUUUGGCACCGAUGACCCAAACAGCCACAAAGAAUGGAUCAAGUCUAUUGCCAAGAGCUUCAUCCCAGCCAAAGCAGAGCCUUUAUUGAGGUUAGGUUUUGAGAGGAUCGGGCGGCUAAAAUGUAAGGAUGGCCUGAACCUACAAACAUCCAAGGUGGGUUGGUUUGCCUUGGUGGGCUCCACACUUCAUGCUUACCUUAAGGACAGCCAGGAAGAAGAGAUACACCUUCGCAAACUUAAUGAGCUCUCAAUCCAACAAGAUAACGGAGUAUUAGUUUUGGUGGAGAGAGGAAGAACGCUGUACAUUGAGGGAGAGAGGAAGUUGGAUUUUGCCGGCUGGUGCGCUGCCAUACAGUCUGCAGCAGGGAGUGGAGGCGACACACUGAGUCAGCAGCAGCUGACCGACACAGACAUACCAGUCGUAGUCCACAGCUGCGUUGACUACAUCACACAGUGCGGCUUAACGUCUGAGGGCAUAUAUCGCAAGAGCGGCGUGAACUCGCGUGUUGCAGCUCUGUGCGAGCGGUUUCGCCAAGAUGCUCGCAGCCUCCGCCUGAAGGAAGGAGAGCAUCAGGUGGACGACGUCUCGAACACACUCAAGCGGUUCUUCAGGGAGUUAGAAGAAGGGCUUUUCACAUCUGAAGAUGGCGGCACCUGGCUUACUACGACUGCCAUUCAGGAUGAAAGUAUGAAAAUCUCCCAGUAUCAGAAGCUUUUGAACAAACUGCCUCGUGUUAACAGGGCAACGCUUCGGGCCCUUAUCAAUCACUUGUACUGUGUGCAGCGGUUCUCUGAGCUGAACCAAAUGAAUCUCCAUAACUUGGCUAUUGUGUUUGGGCCAACACUUUUCCAGACAGAUGGAAAGGACUACACGGCGGGCCGUGCUAUCGAGGACCUCAUACAGUACUACACGCUCAUCUUUGAGGUGGAUGAGCAACAACUGAAAAAGCAGCUGGAAGAGAUCACUGUUAUUAUCCAAGUGCGCGAGAAAUUGAACACAAAAUUUCCUAGCACUGAACCCGGUGGACAUUUCAUCUGCACAGUUUACUUGGAGGAAAAGAAGGACACUGCUGAGCAACAUGUCAAGAUCCCAGCCUCUAUGACUUCAGCAGAACUGACCUGUGAGAUAUUGGACAGGCGCAACAUUCCUGUUAAAGACAAAGAGUACUGGAACUGCUGGGAGGUCAUCGACAAGGAAGAAAUGGAACGUCCUCUGCACUAUCGAGAGAGAGUCUUACCCAUCCUUCACUCCUUUGGCACCGACUCCCAUCUUCUCAUCAAGAAACACAUCGCUAUGGAAGCAAUGAUCAUCUACUUGGCCAGUAAGGUUGACCCAUCCAAACAUGGCAUGAUGAAAUUCCGGGAGGAACGAAGCAUCCUCGGGCUGGGGUUGUCCUCCGGCAGUUUCCAUGACCGAUAUUUCAUCCUAAACUCCAGUUCACUGCGGAUGUACAAGGAAGUCAGAAGUAACCGUCCAGAACGGGACUGGCCAGUCAAGAACCUGAGGGUCUACUUGGGGAUCAAGAAGAAAGUCCGUCCUCCAACAUGUUGGGGCCUGACUGUGGUCUAUGAGAGUAAGAAACAAGACAAGGCAGAGAGACAGCAGUGGUAUCUCUGUUGUGAGACUCAGCCAGAAAUGAGGGAGUGGUAUGCUACUUUUCUGAGUAUUCAGAACGACGGCGACGUGUGGCCUCAGGAAGGAAUCCAGCCGAGCCGCGUGAGCCGCGCAUUGCCCGACUCGCGUCACGGUAACGUGUCACUGAUACCGCUGCGUGGCAGUGAGAAUGAGAUGCGGAACAGCGUAGCAGCUUUCAGCCAAGAUCAGCUUGCUCUUUUUAGAGACAUUCGGUAAUGGCGGCUGCAAGAAAGGGUAGGUGUUCGGCGUCAUCAGGUGACCUCGCCACACUCCAGUGACAUCAUCAGUGUGUGACACUACGGCCCAGAAUGAAGAAACAGGAGGAAGUGAGCAGGACCAAAAGUAGAUGGACAAGAGAGCCAUUAUUCAUUUUCCCCUGUACAGCUGAAGUUUACACUUUGUGUUUUUGACACUUUAAUGGAGUGUGUUCAUCCUGAUUGGCCUUUAGCUUGGCAAGAGUCAAGUGUGCCCGCGCAUCAUGGACCAGAAGCAUUAAAGCACAUUCUGAAGGAAACUUCAAUUCUUAUUAUAUAUUUGUUUUGAAGGAUUUAACCAUUCUGGUGGUUAUUUUAAAAAACAAAUUUUUUUUUAAUGUAAGACAAAUGUAAGGGUAACCCUGCAAUUCAAAAUGCAAUCAUUGCUAUUGUAAGCAAAACAUAAUGUGACAGCAGAUGUGGUCUAGGUUUUUGGUGAGGCUGCAUUUAUAUCGCCAUUUUAUUUGAGGUCAUCUCCCCUGCCUUCCUAUUUCAUGUUUGUAAACACGCAUGAUCCUCUCAGGCAAUACAAUGGUAAAGGUCGACGUUCACUCUUUCAGUGAGUUUGCGAAAAGAUAGUGAAUAAUAUCUGACUGCACUUGACUGCCCAUCAAUAGCUUGUAGAGUGCCACCUGUAAGUUAGCCCCCUUAUGUGAAUUGUUCUUAUUUAUUUGGGCUACCAAGGAAGCAAGAUGAAGAGUGCUGAAGUCAUUUUUUUUGUUCGUUGUUAAGGAUAGUGUGUGGGGGGGAAAAGUCCACUGUAUAUGUGUGCAUUGUAGCCCAACAGCCCUCGUCAGUCCAUUUCUUUAGAGCAUUCUCAUUCCUCACAAUUUCAUUAUUAACAACAAAAUGCAAAUCAUUGCCAUUCAUUUGGAUAUAAAACAAAUGGAAGUUGUUUUGCCCACUAAAGAAAUCAAUCCUCCAAGUGUUCUGUGCAGCCUGUGGUCUUUCUCAAAUUCUGAGACCUAUAAUACAGAUGAAUGUUUCUGCCAUUCUCACACUUAUUUAUUCUUGGAAUAAUUGUUACAAGGUUUUUUUCCUGUCCUAAAGUAGCUCAAACUCCCAUAAGUGUACUUAACAUGAAUGUCAAUAUGAAAAAAAAAAAAAGAUUCACAACAAUACUGUACUUAAUAAUGCACUUGUUUUUGUAAUCAGUAAUUGGUAGACACUGCUUAGGUAUUUUCAUGUGAUUGUCAAAAUAAAUCCUACACACAGUUUAAAUUUCUUUUACUCUAAUAAACACUGUGCCAACUGUU